AUGAUGCUCUCUGUCCCUUCAGCGCGUCGAUAUCUUGUCCCGGCACUGACCGUGCUCGCCCUCCUUAUCUUCGUCCGCGUCCUCUCGCAACGCGCGCUUUUACGCUCGUCACAGAAUGCGCUCCUCCACGGCGUCCUGCAGAGCUAUGUGGUUCGAAGCGCUCACGUCGCUGUCGUCAAAGCCAGUACUCACCCUCACUUGUUCGCGGUCGGCUCACCGGGCAUUGACAAGCAGGCCGCCAUGGUCUCCAAGCCGCAGGAACUGCCUCUGGCAGACCCUGUGAUUGUGCAAUUCACGCAAUGCCCGACCCAGCCGAAUCCGCACACAUCACACAUCCGUCUGCCGAAUGUGCUGUACAACAUCAGUCUCGCGUCUCCACGGGCACCGCCGCCGUCACGAGAACACCAGGAGCGAGAUGAGAGCUCUGACGACGUCGUGCAAGGGGAGGAUGCCACGCGCUUCUUCAACCCGGCCAUCAUCCCCCUCCCACACUGGUCUCGGCCCGCAAAAUAUGUUCUCGUCUCGCGCCUCGUCACGACCGGCUUCCACCAGGAGUCUCACGUCUGUUUGGCAGACAUUUGUUAUCCUCCUCAGGCACCACCGUUGCCCGCAAUUUCCUUUCCGUUAGAACGUAGCGACAAUGCCACUCCUCAUCACCCUGGUCCCGACGCUGACCCUGCCCCAUACCUUGAAAAGCGGCUGCCUCGAUCUCAACCAGUUCUGCCACCAGACACCAGCCCUUGCUCCGCCUCUGACCUCUCUGAUAUCCGCCUGGGCGCCAACGGCGGGCUAUGCUGCCUCACGGCCCCACAGAAGAUCAACAUCCCCCCGACCCCGGCGGAGAACUGUACGGACUCAUGGCUCGCGUUCCCAGAUAUCCCCGGCUUCCACGACCCUAGGGUCUUCUGGAGCGGAAAAGGCGAGCCGCUGAUCUUGGUGAACAGCGCCAGUCGGUACGGGUGCGUCGGGCUCUGGAUCGUGGAUUUGAGGAAGGUCUACCCGGAACUCGAGAGGGUAUUGAGUCGUGAGCAUCGCCACAAGACGAUCGACGUCGGGACAGAAGCCAGGAGUCCAGGCCUGAAAGGGAGAGACACAAACCCCGGGCCUGAGAUGGAGCAGGAUCCAGCGCGCAUAGGCACCCGCAGAGGACUCGGCAUCAAGCCCUUCAUGAGUUACCCGCAUCUCACUGAGAUCACGCGGAAUCCGAGAGACAGUCUGGCGCGCGUGGAGAAGAAUUGGAUGCUCUGGUUUCCGAGUGCCGAUACUGCCUAUGUCCAAUACGACCUGAUCCGGCAGGGUUUAGGAGAGGCCGAUGAGGAAAACGUAUUUGAGUUGGCAAGACUCGGAUUGAAUGCCACUACCGCCCUCCUUACCGGCGACGCCACGAAUCACACAGCUUCCUCGACACACCACGCAAAACCCCGGAGGUGGACCGAAGCAAGACAGACCAAGGGAGGACGCACCUUCGCCAAACUCACCGGCAACGGCUUCACCACGCCGAACCUCACCUCGGCCCUCGAAGAGCCCUGCUUCUCCCAGAGUGAAGGACACUUCGUCGACUCCCUCGGUAACAAGGGCCACUGGCACCAAGGAUCCAACUCGCUCCGACUUAUCCUCUGCACGAGGGCACAGGCGCGGAGCGAUGCUGUCUGCAAGGAUGACGAAAACGCCAAUGGCACGGCCGUGACUACCGGUCGUUCUGUGCACUUUGCGAUAAUGCAUCGAAAGUUCAGCAAUGAGCUAGAUUUGCCACUGCGGUAUGAGCGAUACGUGGUCGUGUGGGAGGGUAGGGCACCGUUCCAGAUGUUAGGGGUGAGUCGAUUUCCACUUUUGAUGAGAAACGAGCGGGCGGGGCCUUGGACGAAGGAGGAAAACUGGCCUGAUCCGAAAGAGAGAGGUUGGAAUGCUACAAGGGAGCAUUUACAUGAAAAGGAGGUAAGGGUGGUUAGAAGAGGCGACGGAGAAGAAUUGUAUGAGAACGAGGCUGAACAGAGGAACAACUUCAUCAAAAGCCAGGCUUACUUCACUUACACACCAAGCCUGGCAUGGGCAUGGACGCCGCAUUCCGCUGCAGCGAACCAGGAAGAGGAGGAGGAGGAUGUCGAGUACAUGUCGCAGUUGGGGACGGGAUACCUCGGCGACGACGUGCUGGUCGGAAUCGGCCUGGAGGACGUGAACCAGGCUUUUGCACGAGUCAAGGUCGAUGAUCUUUUGCAAUGUUUGAGGCUGUGCCCUGGUGUCAAAUUCGCCGACGAGGUCAAGGUAGAUUGA